UAACAGAGGAGGAACCUUUCUCAGUCUUGCUUUUUUCAUUCUUUCCCACGCCAUUUCUUUUCUUGUUAAAACACUCUCUUUGUAGGCAAUUCAUGCAACAUACACAAACCAGUUAGAAGCCAGGUCUCUUCAGUCAACGAGAGGAGUACAUGCAAGGAAAGGAAAGCUUUUUCUUCUAAUUGUUUUAUUUCUGCACAAGUGGCCAGAGAAGGGGAGAGGGCACAUUAUCCCCCUGCUGCAUUUAACACCAUGCUCCUUUGUGUGGAUUGAAGAUGAAGAUGAUGGAAGAUAAUAAGCAGCACAUCGAUAGUGCCAUCCACUCUGCAAACCAGGAGGUGACCAACCUGCACGCAGAGCUUUCAGCCACCAGCCACAGACUUACUGAGCUUGGAGCAAACAGCCCUACUCGAAUCUUGAACAAUCACCAGCACAAGUCUGCAGUCCUCCAUAGCCAGAAGGCAGUGGUGUCUGAUAUCGGCAUGUCAAGUCUCAUGUAUUUUAGCUCACCAGACACCUCAGAUAAAGUGCUACUAAGAGAGGAGGUCACUCAGCUGCAGGAAGAGGUCCAACUGCUCAGGCAGAUGAAGGAAAUGUUAAAUAAGGACCUGCAGGAAAUGCAGGGCUGUUCACCAAAUGCACUGUCCGCGACUGCGCUCCGCAUACAGCUGGCAGCGAAAGAACAUGAACUGGAUUGUGCCAAAGAGGCCCUGCAAGCUAUGAAAUGUGACCGUACAAGGUUAAAGGCAGAGAAGGCUGACUUAGUGAACCAGAUGCAGCAGCUGUACACUACGUUAGAGAGCAGAGAGGAACAACUCAGAGACUUCAUCAGGAACUAUGACCAGCAUAGAAAGGAGAGUGAGGAUGCAGUGAAGUCUCUAGCAAAGGAGAAGGACCUGCUGGAAAGAGAGAAAUGGGACCUGCGGAGGCAGACCAAAGAGUCCAUGGAACAAUCUGGCCUCCUGCGCUCACAGAUUGACAUGAAGGAGAACAGAAUUAAAGAGCUCGAAGCUGAGCUUGCCAUGGCCAAACAGUCUCUGGCCACCCUCACUAAAGAUGUACCAAAACGCCACUCAGUGACCAUGCCCUCAGAGCCAGUGGUGAACGGUAGUCAGGAGUGGGUGAUGCCGGCCGAGCUUCCUCUCACUGCAGCUAUCAGACAGAGCCAGCAGACCCUGUACCAUUGUCACUCUGCAGACAGACAAGCUGCAUUGCGAAUCAGCCCGUGUCACUCAUGCCAGCCCUCAGUAUUCUCAGACACAACAGCAGCUGAUGGUGAUCGCUCAUCUACACCCAGUGACUUGAACUCUCCUCACCAUCGGACUCAAUCCCUCUGCAAUUCCAUGGAGGACCUCGAGGACCAGAAGCGUAAGAAGAAUAAGCAGAAGAUGAGCCUGGGUUCAAUAUCUCGAGUGUUUGUCCGGGGAAAAUCACAGCACAAGUCUCUAGACCCUGGCCUGUUUGAUGGUACUUCGUCCCCUAAUUAUUAUAUCCGGGAAGAUGCCGACUGGUGAUUGAAUGUGUGUGUGCAUGCAUGUGUGCAUGAUUGAGCAUGUGUGUAUGUAGGACUUUAUGGUUGAGUUCAUGGGACUGUGUGUGCUAUAUUUGCUCAAAACCACAAGAACGAGAAAAACCUGCUGCCUCAUUGAAAUGUUCAUAAUACACUAAUGAUAUUUUAUGUAAAUUAAAUAUAUAUUUAUUUAUAUAUUUAGGCAUAUGUAGAUAUGUUUACAUACAUACAUUAUACAGUACUGCGCAAGUCUUAGGCACCCUAGAUUAUUUAUACACAUUUGGUAUUAGAUGUUUAUUUUAUGCCUUCCAUAUUAUUUUUAUCUUCAAAUUUAAGGUUUCCAAAUAUUUAUUUCCCAAAACGACUCAGUUUUACAGAGAAAGGUCUUAUACCAUUAAAAAAGUAGUAAAUUAAGUAAUAAACCACUUUUCAGAAAAAAAUUAAUUUGUAGAGAUUGACUGAAAUUACCUGUAGUAACAGAUGCAAAUGAAUCUGCCGAAGUGUCCUUUCCUUAUGAAUUUGCACGGAAUUGUAUAUAAAUCCAGUCAGUGGUCAAGCUAAAUAUUGAUUUGGGUUGGUUUAUUUAACUGUUUAUUUUAUAGUAAACGGUUCAAGAAAUAUAUUAUAUUUCCCUUAUGUUUUAUGAGAUUUAUGUGCCUUUUGCACAGUACUGUGUAAUACACAAUAUAGGCACAUUUGCGUGUGAAUGUGUUGUGGUAAUGUAUGUCUCUUUUUAUAAACUGGACACUUGAAUUACUGCUGUGCUGUUAAUAAUAUUUUUGUGCACAUUGUGUUUGUCCUGAAUUUCUCAUUUUAUUUUUGUUGUUUUAUUAUUCUUUAAUGCUUUAAUGUGUAUUUAAAUUUCCUUUUAUUAGAUCUCCUAUGGCCCAAUAUCCAUGACUAUGGACUGUGAAAUGUUUUAAAACUAAGGAAGUAUUGACAUGUUCAACUUACAAAGUACUUACAAAUGGACCUAGUGAAAAAACAACUAAAAAAAUAGUGUGCACUGUUUUCAUAACUUGCGUCUUGUUUUUUAAUGAACCAAAUGACACCAUGCAUCUCUCACCUUUGACAUAAAAACCUUAUUUUUGUUUAAGCUUUUUUAAGCAUUCUUUGUGUGUUCUAAAGAUUUCCCAUUGUAAAUCUGUAAUGUAUGUAAGACACAAGAUAAAAUCUAUUAAAGACAAUUAUAUAAACAUUAAGAACAAGGUUAUUUAAGUAAAACAAGACUACGGGCAAUUUCACAGCCAAAUAAAAAGGUUUUAAUGUUGUUGAAACAGAAAUGAUAAAUCAAAAGCAAAAAUAAAACUUAUUUUAAAUAAA